AUGCCGCCGCCGCGAGCGGGCGUAGCGUCGGCGCCCGCGCCGCUCACGUCGUUCUCGCACCGGGGGUGGAGGCGGGGGCGGGGGUGGCGUCGGCACGCGGAUCGAGUUAUAGAUCUCGGUGCGCGGAAUCACGCGCCAGCCCGUGGCGGUGCGCGCUAUUCGGAUGCGGUUGCGUGGGUCGUAGUCCUCGCAGCGGACUUCCUGCACGGUGCCGUCAAGCUGGCGCGCCCAGAGGAAGACGGGUCGCAGGCGCGGGACGGGUGGGCGGCGCACGGGACACGGGUCGGCGGCGCUGGCGCUGCAGUUGCGCGCGCGGCGCGAAGCCGCGGGGCAGGAGGCGCGGCGCGGGGGGCGCUGCGGCUGCGCGCGGCAUCGAGGCGGGCGGCGCGAGGCUCGCCGCCGCCGCCGGGCGCCCGCGGAGACACUCCGGCCGCCGCACGACCACACUCUGUCGACGACCGCGCGGACGCGGCCCCGAGGCGGACUGGCGGCCGGCGGCUCGCCCCGCCCCGCGCCCAACCCCGCGCGCCCCCCCGCCGCGCCCCGCCCAGCAUCGAUCCGCGCCGCCCGCUGCACGCCGCCUGCACCCGCAUGUAA